AUGCAGGCCGCCCUGGACGAGGCGCGCGCCGCCGCGGAGCGCGGUGAGGUGCCGGUCGGCGCGGUGAUCGUCAAGGACGGCGAGAUCAUCGCCCGCGCCGGCAACCGGCCACGCGAGACGAACGACCCGAGCGCCCAUGCCGAGAUGCUGGCGAUCCGCGGGGCCUGUUCGGCGCUCGGGCAGGAGCGGCUGACCGGCUGCGACCUCUAUGUCACGCUGGAGCCGUGCACCAUGUGCGCGGCGGCGAUCUCUUUUGCGCGCAUCCGGCGGCUUUAUUUCGGCGCGACCGAUCCCAAGGGCGGCGCGGUGAUCUCCGGCGUGCGCUUUUUCGAGCAGCCGACCUGCCACCAUGCGCCGGAGGUCUAUCCGGGGAUCGGUGAAACCGAAGCGGCCGGCCUGCUCAAGCGGUUCUUCGCCGAACGGCGGACCUAG